AUGGGGAUUAGCGGUAAGGGUUUCUCAGUGGAAGUGAUUGAGAAUGUGGUGGUGGGUGCAGAAGAACCAUGGAAUGACCAUUGGUUACCAUUUACAAACCUAGACUUGCUUGUCCCACCUUUUAACGUGGGCUCUUUCUUCUGCUACAACCAACCCUCCCAUGGGAGUUUCGCCACCAUGCUAAGCACCCUGAAAGCUUCUUUAUCUCGAGCUCUAACACUCUAUUACCCCCUCGCCGGUGAGAUCGUAUGGAAUGCAGCUGCCGGAGAGAAUCAAAUUCACUGCAACAACCAAGGCGUUGACUUCAUCUAUGCUGUUGCAGACGUGCAGCUGAAGGAGCUUAAUUUCUACAAUCCAGAUGAGUGCAUUGAGGGUAAACUAAUACCAAAUAAGCCACGUGGCGUGCUUUCUAUCCAGGUUACGGAGUUAAAAUGUGGAGGCAUGGUGAUAGGGUGCAUGUUUGAUCAUAGGGCUGCAGAUGGGUACUCGGCUAACAUGUUUAUCUCAUCAUGGGGAGACCUGGCUCGAUCCGAAACCCCAUCUAUGCUACCCUCCUUUCGGAGAUCCAUCCUCAAUCCAAGGAGCCCAACCACUUAUUCUUCGUCAAUCGACAAUGUGUUUGCUAUAUUCGAACCACCAUCCAAGCCCGAUAAUGAUCAAAACCACGAUGGUCUACUCAUUAACCGUGUAUACUACAUCGAGGGGGGCCAACUUAACAAGAUACAAUUGUUGGCAAAUGAAAAUGGGCUUAGGAGGUCGAAGUUAGAGGCCUUCACCUCUUUCUUGUGGAAGAUAGUUGCCCUGAGCAUGGAAGACUCGGGAUACCGCAACCAGAUGUGCAAUGUGGCAAUUGCAGUUGACGGAAGGCGAAGGGUAAGCGAAGGAGAUGGUGAAGAAAAAGAAAAGCUAAUGGUUUCGCACUUUGGCAAUGUUUUAUCGAUGUCGUGUGGGGCAAAACGAUCACAGGAGUUGAGUAACAUGUCAUUGAGCAACUUGGCUACGGAGGUUCAUGAGUUCUUGCAGACUGCCACCGGGAAAGACCAUUUCCUCGAUUUGAUAGACUGGGUGGAAGAACGGCGGUCGCAGCCGCUAGUGGCAAGGGCGUUUGCCAACAAUGAAAUGUCGGUGAUGGUGUCAUCGGGACAGAGGUUCCAAAUCAUGGACAAAAUGGACUUUGGGUGGGGUAAAGUGGCUUUUGGAUCAUGUCACGUCCCGUCUGAACGGAAAGACAGUUAUGUGAUGACAUUGCCUAGUCCGACCAAUGACAAGGAUUGGGUUGUGUACAUGCACAUGCCAAUGGAACACAUGAACUACAUCGAGACACAUGCUAGUCACGUGUUCAACCCCUUGAAUGCUGAUUACCUCAAGAUUUGACUCACGUUCGAUUGAUGUGUUUUUUGAUUUGGAAAAUGUAAAUUUGUUGUGCUGUUAAAUUAAUAAUAUGCUUUUUCAUUGAAAA